AUGAUAUCGUCGAUAAUUUCUCGACUGGUUAUAUUGGUUUUCGGGACCCUCUACCCGGCUUAUGCAUCAUAUAAAGCUGUCCGGACGAAGAACUUAAAGGAAUACGUAAAAUGGAUGAUGUAUUGGAUAGUGUUCGCUUUAUUCACUUGCACGGAGACGUUCACGGACGUGUUCCUGUCAUGGUUCCCUUUCUAUUACGAGGUGAAGAUAGUCCUGGUAUUGUGGCUGUUGUCUCCAGCCACCAAGGGCUCCUCCAUACUGUACAGGAAGUUCGUGCACCCGGCACUCUGCAGGCGGGAACAAGAAAUAGAUGAGUACAUAGCGAAGGCCAAAGAUCAGGGUUACCACACAGUGCUCAAUUUGGGCACUAAAGGUGUCAACUAUGCGACCACAGUUAUUAUGCAGACCGCCAUAAAAGGUGGAGGCGGGCUAGUACAGCAAAUACGCAAGAGCUACAGCCUGUCGGACCUGACGGAGUGCGAGCCGCGUGAGGAGAGAGGAAGCGAUGAAGCCGAUGAUGUGCUCACCGAGCCCAGACUCUUACGACGAGGUGGUAAAAGUGGUUUCUCCACCCGUCGCAGCGCUUCGGAGUCGAACAGUCGUUCUCCUAUGUAUUUCCCCGAGGUCGAUGUUGACGUGAGACCUCGACCUAGAGCUGACGAACCAGAUUUCAGUCACAUAAAGUCAACAGAGGACAUAAGCUCGGGCUACUCAAGUGCGGACAAUAGUGCAUCACUGACUCGUACGGCGUCGCUCGGCGCCGGCGCACGCGCACGCGGCCGUACUACUCGUACUACCGUCACUACUAUCAAACGACCACAAGCUGCCGAGGAAAAUGAAGUAAUCAUCGAGGAGCUACACGACGACGAUAGUUUUGAAUAUUCGAAUAUGCCCGCUCUUAUUAAUCUCCCGUCUCCUCUCUAUUUGUCCCACACGCAACCCCCCUUCAUAUACCAAUAUGUUGGCGACCAAGUAAAGAUCCUCCAAGUACUAGGUAAUUACCCUUUCGCUGCAAAUGUUAAUAAUCAAACUAAUAACAAUACAGAUCACUGGGACCAAAAAGAAGUAAUUUCCGAAGAAGCUUCAGUAAUUAGUUCAGUAGAUAGAGAUAAUGCUAAUAAUAAAAGUUCUAAUGAAGUUAUUAAAAGUAAGAAAAGCGAUGUUGUUUCCGACAUUCCUGUUGCAAGUCAACCAAAAGACAAUAAUGAUGACCAAUCUAGUUCAAACAAUGAAGAUGUAGUGUUUGAGACUGCGCUGGAUAAUAACGAUAAAGAAUCCGUAGAUAGAGAAAUAAAAGACGCAAUAAAUACAAUUUUAGAUGAACACACCGAUGCUACUAGCCUUGAUACCUCUAUAAACGACAAUGACUCUGCCGAAAGUGACGACGAAGCGUCUUUUGGGACACCCGAAGAUUCUCCUAAGAGCAAAAGAAAAACUCCGAAAGGAAAAUAUGGCAAAAGCAAGGCGCCACCACCACCGCCCAAAGUUGAUGCGGAAGACGUAGCGCACAGUGAUAACACAGAAACUUUUAGUAAAUCGGAGACAGAUACAGCUUUAAAAAUGGCGACGUCCCAAGAAAGUUUAAAUGAUAUUGUAAAUAAACUACCAAAUACAACCAUUAAAGAAUCUGGAUCAUCGAAAAAUCUUCAAAUUGUUAAUCCCAUAGCCGAAAACAAAAAGAGGCAUAAAUCCAAAUCGCCAGCUCGAGUCCCAAAAGGCAACAGUUCUGGAUUAGGAAAACUAUUACAGUUGCCAGGCAAGUUUGCUUUUUGGCAUAAGACUGAAGAGAAACCAAAAGUAGAUGAAACAUCAACCUCAUCGGAGGAUCAUAGUCGAAGGUCAUCAACUAUUGAAAGGGGUGUUGAUGACUUUCAGGAUUGUACGGAAUUGAACACUGAUGUAGGCACUGAUGAAGUAAAACCUAACGAUGUACCGCAGAUAGAAAAAUCAGAUGAUCAAAUUAGUUUCAAAGAUGCAUCUGGUUUAGAUGAGGAAGUCUUAUCCCAAAAUAUUAUAGUUAAGAGUGAUGCUCUGCAGAAACUCAUUGAAGCUAAGAUAGCUGGCCAUCCAGAAUAUAAAUUUAUAUCAUUACACGAAGAAACGCCCACUUCGUCGAAAAGUACAGACGUGUAG